GUCUUGCUACCGUCCCCUAAGAUUAAUCGCUCCCUCUCGAAGCUUCCAUUCCUCUGAAGUUCAUAAGACGAGAAAAACUUAGGAGGGAGGGCAAACUCAAAACCCCGGAAGAUCUCACAGAUCUUUGUAGCGACGUAACCAGAGGUUAUCUGAGACGGAAAGUUCCGUGUGAGGCAGACAUAGUAUACUAGAAGUGAAAGAGAAUGUCUCUAACGUGCGUGAAAAUGUCGGAGGAUGUGUGGUUAACUUGCCUCACGCAUGCAUUGUCGACCGAGACUGAGGAAAUUAUGGGUCUUCUUCUCGGUGAUAUUGAGCACUCAAAAGAUGGACAUAUCACUGCACUGAUAUGGGGGGCUUCUCCACAAUCACGAUCUGAUCGGAGGAAGGACCGAGUAGAGACGAAUCCAGAACAGUUGGCUGCUGCAUCAGCUCAAGCUGAAAUAUCCUUGACUUAAUCUUUGUGGAGUGUUCUAUUUUUUAUUUAAAACAAUGCAAUUACUUACUGUAACUUUUAUAUUUGCCCCAGUAUGAGAAACCAAUGCCAUUUCUUGCUUUUGGCAUUUUAUUUGCGUGUUAAGAGGGAGGUAGUUAGACUGUUAUGUGCAAAUUAUGUCAUGUU